AUGGACAGCAAGCGCUGCUUCGCCAACCGCUUCGACGACUACAAGGGCAGCCUGCUGGGCGGGCAGGGCAAGGCGGCCGUGAUGCCCCUGGUGACGGCCACCAUCGACCGCAUCCUCAAAGAAGCGCCUCCGCUGAGCGGGGGCCAGGGCGGCUGCCAGGGCGGGCUGUACAGCGGCGUGGCCGGCGUGGCCUACAUGCUGUACCACGUCGCCCGCUGCCCGCUCUUCGCCCAGGCGCGGGACUCCUACCUGCGAGCGGCCAAGCAGCUGGUCGACGCCUGCGUGAGCCACGAGGAGGACUGGGGCGAGGCCGACGCCGACACCCGCGCUGCCUUCCUGCUCGGCGGCGCCGGCGUCUACGCUGUGGCCACGCUGGUCUACCAGGCGCUCGGGCUGCCGGACUGGGCCAGACCGCUAGGCAAGUUCCGCCAGCUGUGCGACAUCUGCGCCCCCAUCACCUUCCUCGAGUGCGGCUCCGACGAGCUCUUCGUGGGCCGCUCCGGCUACCUGUGCGCCGCCCUGGUACUGAAGCAGAAGCUGGGCAUGGAGGUGUUGACUCCAGCACAAAUCAAGUCAAUUUGUCAGGCAAUUUUAGAAUCUGGCAAACAGUAUGCACUGCGGAAGAGGAAGCCAGUUCCACUAAUGUACUCUUACUAUGGAACAGAGUAUCUAGGGGCUGCUCAUGGACUUUCAUCCAUCCUACAGAUGCUGCUCUCUUAUUAUGAAUAUCUCCAACCUGCUGAUCAAGAACUAGUGUGGCAGAGUGUUGAUUUUCUUAUGGAUCAAGAACAAAAUUCCAACUGGCCUCCAGAACUAGGAGAGACAAUUGAACGGGAAAAUGAGCUUGUUCACUGGUGUCACGGAGCUCCAGGAAUUGCAUACAUGUUUGCAAAAGCAUACUUGGUGUCCAAGAAGCCCCAAUAUCUAGACAGUUGUAUCCGGUGUGGAGAACUGACCUGGCAGAAAGGGCUACUGAAGAAAGGACCUGGGAUAUGUCAUGGGGUGGCUGGCAGUGCUUAUGUGUUCCUGCUCCUGUACAGGCUAACUGGAAACUCUAAAUACAUCUACAGAGCACAAAGGUUUGCUGAAUUCUUGUUCACUGAAGAAUUUAAGGCUGGUUCACGCAUGCUGGAAAGUGUUUACAGUCUGUUUGAAGGCUUCUCUGGGAUGGUGUGUUUCUUGGUUGACUUGCUACAACCUAACCAGGCUGAAUUCCCUCUUUUCAGUGUCUUUGUGUAA